UCAUCUUCUAUCAGAGUCUCACUGUAUCGCAUGGAAAGAAGCGGAUAUUUGAAACAGGUUAUCCACGGAUGAGACUUGGCAGCUAGGGAUGGAUGAUACAAUGAUCCGUCUUCACGGGACUUUGUUAUCUUCCUGACUAGCUCUAGAACAGCUCUCUCACAUUCUCAGAAUACCUAAACUAACACAAUCCUCAUAGUUCCAUUUAUAUACACUUAAGAAUAAGAUCAACUGCAUCAUCCAGGAAAUCUCGAACAAAAGCUCCAAAGACCGCCAUGUCCUCCGCAACAGACGUCCAUCCCACACAACCCUGUCUAUCCUCCAACGACUCUGCGGUCCUCCAAGCUCUCUUCGAUGCUGAAUCCGCACCAUCUUCCGCAGUGAAAAUCGACUCGACGCUCUCCUCCCUUCCAGGAAUCUCAUCACAGGAGCUCGAAUCGCUAAGAAACCACGAGCGCGAACUAAUCCGCCGUCUACAAUCUCCCAAUCCCUCCCGCGACACAGUCCAGUCUAUCAUUACGGAACUCGAUACCCUCAUUACAAAACACCCUUCAUAUCCAUCCGCAUACAUGAAUCGGGCCCAAGCUCUGCGUAUGCUUUUUGACCUUGGCGACGAAGAUGCCCUGUUUUUGCCUGAAAAUGCGGAUAUCUCAUCUCGCAUCUUCUCGGAUUUAGGCCAGGCUAUCUCGCUCGCGACGCCGCGAUCACCUGCGGAUCCGGUCUCUCCUCUACAAGCUCGGAUUCUGGCUGAUGCGCACACGCAUCGUGGUUAUAUGUUAUUGAAGGCAGCGAGAGUGAGACAGGGGGGGUCUGAUGGUGGUCCAGACCGCCUACGUGGAUUGGAGAAGGAUCAACUAGAGGAGAUGGCUAGUCGGGAUUUCUUUCUGGGAGGUCGGUAUGGGAACAGAAUUGCGCAGCAGUUGGCUGUGCAGACGAAUCCGUAUGCAAAGAUGUGUGGUGCAAUUGUGAAGGAGGCCAUGAGGAAGGAGAUUCAAGGAGUCUGAGAAGUACGAGUCUAAUAGCCUAGGGUUUCGGUUGGCAUGGAGCCAUGGCGUUCUUUACGUGAGUGAUAUUACAGGAAAGCCAUUUGCGUAUACAGUUAACGAUGAUUCAAGAUACUUGGUAGAUUGAUUCAUCGAUGAAAUACAUA